UUAAUAUUAAAGUGUUUGUACGAAUGUUGCUGGCCCCAUAAUAAUAUUGUUCCUAUCACAAAGUUAUUUAGUGGCAAACAACACUGCAGAAUGCUUGGCAAAGGGUGGAUUUUCAUUCUGGUCUUUGUCGGUUUUACUGUGCUUCCCAACUGUUGGUCGUUGCCGGCUAAAAUUGGCGGGGGCGGACGGGCGGGAGACAAAUUUGGAAAAGGACGACUCUACAGUGCAAGAGUACCAGUAACGAUCCAGCACCGCAGUCCACAAUCCGCCACAUAUUACGAGAAUAAAGACGGCGCAAAAAUUGUCAAAUCCAGUCACUUUGACUUCGAGUACAUGUUGGGGAGGAAAAUUACGUUCUUCUGUAUGGCGCAAGGAAUGCCCAGACCAGAAAUAACAUGGUUCAAAGAUGGGAUUGAACUGUAUCAUCACAAAUAUUUCCAGGUUCACGAAUGGACGGAAGGAAACGAUACAAUUAAGAGCAAAAUGGAAAUCGAUCCGGCAACACAAAAAGAUGCUGGCUUCUACGAGUGCCAAGCAAAUAACAAAUAUGCCAUUGACUAUAGAGCGUUUAGAACCGAUUAUGCCAUGUUAACAUACUAACUUUAUUUAAGUUUAUAUCUGACUUUGUAAGAAAUAAAUAAUUAACAUAUUUCGAAAGGAA